ACAAGUCGUGCUGCAGAAUGAGGGGCUGAAGAUUCCUUGGCAUGUCUGGCCCUGUACUGUGUGGUGUAUGCGGUGGCCUGCGAGGGAUAUGAACCUGGUGCCUGACCAAGAAGUGCCAGCCUCAGCGGCCGACGUCAGCAGAAGCGUCGGAUCUGCAUUUGGUUUGCACCAAUCCACGUCGCCGGAGUGCCUGCCCGCGGGAAAGGCGGUCUCCGUGGGGCAACAGCAGCCCCCGGGGGCAACGAGCUUCUUCCCCCUGCAGCAAAGCCAGCUCCCCGAGAAGGCCGCCCCUCGACACCACCAGGAAGGGGACAUCUUCCACGAGUUCCGCCAGACACAGGAGCCCUGGUUGCAGGAAGAGAGCAGUUGCGAGACGGACGACAGUGAGCAGUAUGUUCCGGAGUUCCAGAGCCACCACCACGCGGCGCCACCAGGCUGUUCGAGCAUCAAGCAGGAACCCCGGUCUCCAGGUCUCUUCAAGCCGUGUUCGCACCUCGCCGCACCCUGUCCGUACCCGGGCCCCACAGGGGGUCACUACGCCACUACAGGGCCGUACUCGAGCUACGGGCCCCCAGCGGGGUUUCCCUCGCCGUGCUCACUUACAGGCCUGCACAAGGAUCCUGCACGUAACAGGUACACACCACCCCCUCCUCCGCCCCCCAGGACGACGCUGGACCCAAAGUGUGACGAGCUGGUGUCGACGCCGACGGCCCGGUCCGCCUUCUUCAGCUUCCCGUCCAGCAGCUGCUUCAGGGCGGCCUCCCCGUGCGAGCGGCCCGCGUACAGUCACGUCUCCGUGAAGAAGGAGCCCUGCGACAGGGGCUACGAGCCGGAGCUUCAGGGGCACCCACAAGGGCCCGGGGGCUCCUGCUACGCGGGUGGCGCUCACUUCCAGACGGCCACAGGCAGCUCGGCGCGUGCAGAUCCGAAGACUCUGGCUGACGAGUACAUAAAGCGAGACAGCGGGGCUGGGACCCCCGGUACUGGCGGGAGCAGUAGACCUCCUUCAACGUCCUCCGUCACUUCCGGAUGCUGGGGCGGAGACGUAAGUUCCGGCGGGACGGGCUACCAGCAGCGUCGCGGUUCGCUGCAGCUCUGGCAGUUCCUGGUGGCGCUUCUAGACGACCCCAGCAACAGUUCAUGCAUCUCGUGGACGGGGCGGGGCAUGGAGUUCAAACUGGUGGAGCCGGAAGAGGUGGCCCGACGCUGGGGUGUACAGAAGAACCGGCCCGCCAUGAACUAUGACAAGCUGAGUCGCUCGUUACGCUACUACUAUGAGAAAGGCAUCAUGCAGAAGGUGGCGGGGGAGCGCUACGUGUACAAGUUUGUCUGCGACCCGGAGGCUCUGUUCAACAUGGCGGCCUACAGUGGCGCCGGAUCGGAGGGCAACAGCAGUCACGGUCUCCACCACACGCGAGGCAGUGCCCCAUCGGUGUCCAGUGGGGCGGAUUCGUCGUACGGUGACAUGCUGGCCAUGUAUAGUGGUGCCGGUGGCCCAGUCGGGAGCUACACCCCGCUGCACCACUUCCAGCAGUACCUUGCGACCGGUGGGCCGCCCAGCAGUGAACAAGGGGGUAUCUUCCGGUCACCUGCAGGGUCCCGCUCGGCGUACCUCCACCAGUACCCCAGCAAUAACAACACUGACCUCGAGACAACCUGCGCGCGCAGCAGUGUGCAAGACCUGUCGAUAGAUGGCAGCAUGUCACAGAAGCCUAGUUACCUAGAUGGCAGCAAAACCUGUGACGAUGCUGCUCAGAACUCUAAUGUACGAGGUCAAACUGCAGAUAGCAGCACUAGCAAACUGGCGCCCGGCCGCGGGAGCUCACAAGAUAAUGCAGCCCCCCACAAGCUUGACUCGCCGGCGUUCCAUUGUCUCGGUGUAGACAGCUGUGUAUGUUGAGGUGUCAUGCGUCUUUUGACUUCUUUCGCUCAUGUUAGGUGAUCCGCCGGCCAGCACCUCCUCUUGGGGAUCACCUGUCGGCCAAACUUCCGAAGGGGAGAGGCCUUCACAAGAUAUUUUUAGAAGAAGAAGAAGAAAUGGCGAAUUUUCUUUUUCAACAGCUAAGAUGACAAAGUGCCUUGAAUAGUAUCGUAUUCUAUUCCGCAACGUUGUGUACUUCGGAGACAACCCGACGUUUCGAGGGAACAUGUCGCCUCCAUCUUCAUAUUUACUCAAUACUCUGAAGAUGGGGGCGACAUGUUCUCCGAAACGUCGGAAUUUCUCGGAACUACUGUACAAGGCGUCAGAACCCAGAAUACACUACUUUUCAUAGUCACCGCCGUGAAAACCCCUGAUCCAAAGUGGAUGAUCCAGUACUGUGGAUUUAUUACCUUCUCUUUUGCCCCUGAGUGAUGACAACCCUCUAUACACGACGAUACAUCACUGUCUUACAGGGUAAAAGGAAAAUUUAACGUUGUCCCUGUGCUUAACUAAUGAAGCACUACGCCAUGAAGGUGUAUGGGGGAAUGGAUGUAUAGAUCCACAUUUUCUUGACCUCGGUACUAGUGGUACCGAGCGGUCCGCUUCAUGACCCGGCCGCUUUAACCCCCGGUACCCAUUGGAUAGGAGGUUGGGUGGACCUCAGAGCCGGU